UAACAAACAGAGUAACACAAAAAUGAUGUCGAAAAGUCGUUUGGUAUCUAUGCUGCCUCUGAUGUUUGCCAUUCUGGUGACAAACGGCCUCGGUUUUACGGAAGAAGACAUUCAAGAGCUUGACCUCCCUAGAGAGGAUGGAAGUUAUGUUGAGUUGGAAGAUCCAGGCAUUCAAGAGCUGGACCUCCCUGAGAAGGAUGGAAGUUACGCUGAGUUGGAAGAUCCUUACACGGAUCCGGAUGUUGUCAGCGAAGAUCCAAGGCGUCGAAGAAGUCGAAGAUGUGGACCGGACGUGACAUCUUGGCUUAUAAGGCAAAUGAACCGUAACAGAAACAACAGAGCCAUCAGAAGUUGCCGUAGCUGGUACAACACUUUUCUCUGGCCCAGGUGUCUCGUUCAGUUUGCCAACCUUGUCGCUAACUGCAAGCCGUGGGAUUACAAAUGCACCCAGACGUUCAGACGACGAUCAUGUCCCUAUCGUUGCCCAAAAACUGUGACCCUGUGUGGACGAUGCGUAAAUUACGAUGUACCUGGAAACAUCCACUAUGGCUACGUCGGCCGCGCUGCCAGCAUUCGACGCUGGGUGCUGCUGUUUGCCGCCAACACCGUUCAAAAGGGUGGCAUCGACGACGCCAGGGAUCAGGUUGCCAUCAGAAUUGGAAUGGACCGGUAUGACGUCCCGAGUAAGAGAGCAAACUUUUGCCGGGAUGUACUGAGUAGAAUUGGUUCCUUGAAUCGCGAUGGAACCUCGGGCUGCCAAAGAUGUACAACGAAAUACUAACUAGCUGGAGCCACAGGUUUUCCACGAAAAAACCACAUGAGAUGUAACGCGAAUGAUGAGGACAGUUUCACGUCAAAGUGUACGACGACUUUACUAACGGCAAAAACUAAGACUACUGUGUAAUUUCCGGAAAAUAUUUUUAAAGUAACCUUGUAAUUCAUUCUAUUUUGUUAAGUCGCUCUAUAACUGAACAUGGUAUACAAAUUCAAUGUUUCAAGCAAUACCGAUUACGAAGACAAAGACAGGCAAAGGCGCAUUAAAAUGUAAGUUGAUUUUAAA